UCCUAUAUGCCUUCCACACCUUCCAUGGCACCAGAUCCACUGAAUAAUGCUUCAAAUUCUUACUAUAUGCUACUUCGAGUGUUGUUCUUUCGUUUGGUCCUUGGUCUUCAAGUUGAGUCUUCCCUUUCCAUGGAGAUAAUUGCCUUUUGGUUGUGGCUCCAACAAGGGAAUGGCCAAGUUCAUUACCUUCAGCACAUAUACUCUCUUGGCGACAACCAUUUUCGCGCAAUUGUUUCUUCUGCAAAACGUUUUCUAGAAGUUCUCCAUUUUGCGUUCGAUGGUUCAGAGGCCAGAUCUAUACCAAGAAGUGACUUUCAGAACCAAGCUGUUGAAGGAAUUUCUCUCUACCUCAAUACUAUCUGUUAUGAGGCCUUAGAAGAUCUUAGAGAAAGGAUAGAGAUGAAUUUUGUCCGUAAUCAGAUGCCAUACCUGCGCCAAGAAGCCUAUGGACAGUCCAGGACUAAUCGGGUUCCUGCUGCAAGCUCGAUGACGGAUCUAUACCUAGAGGCCUAUGGAGAAUCAUCGCAUGAACAGAUUCCUAAUAUCUUAAUGACAGAUCUAUACCAAGAGGCCUAUGGAGAAUCAUCGCAUGAACAGAUUCCUAAUAUCUCAAUGACAGAUCUAUACCAAGAGGCCUAUGGAGAAUCAUCGCAUGAACAGAUUCCUAAUAGCUCGAAACACCUUCUUACCAAGAUCAAGGGUUUGUAUGCUAACACUCCGAAGCAUCAUGGAGAAGGCACAAGUUCUAGAAAUAUCCAUGUUCAAACAAGUCAAAUGCAUCAUGGAGAAUGCUCAAGUUCAAGAAACAUCCAUGCUCAAACAAGUCAUGUGCUCCGCCAUGACUAUCAGUCCACCUCCCGUUUAGCGGCAUUGCUGGAUAAGUUGAGCUUAAGAGAGAACCAUAAUGAUACAAUCACGCAACAACUAUCUGAUAUUCCACCUGAUGAGAGAACUUUGUUCGUGACAUUUUCCAAUGGCUACCCACUGACCAAAGAUGAACUACAUGAAUUUUUUAUGAGGCACUAUGGAGAUAUUGAAGAAAUAAGUGUAGAGGAGCCAGUCGAAAGUAGGCCACCACUUUACGCACACGUUACAUUUUACUCGCAGAUGACACUAUUCCGUGUUCUUGAUGGGAACAGGAGAGUCAAGUUCAUGACCAGGGGAAAACAUCUAUGGGCUCGACAGUAUGUGCCAAAGAAGAAGAAAACUGAUGUCUGAUGACCAAAGCCUGAACAUUCAAGAAC